UCCACAUCCUCUGUAUUUCGUUUUCUCUCUGCUACCUUCCCACUCCCAACCUCACUCUUUUUGUUCCUCUGUCAGCUACUUCUUAUCUUCUAGGUCAUUCUCACUUGGGAAAAACAAAUAAAGCCAAACCGAAAAACCUCACAACUCUUUUAACUCAAAUACUUAUACUUUUCAAAAAAAGUAAGGUACUAUGACCAGUGAGCUCCAAGCACCCAGUGAAGCCCCCCACCCACCUGAAGCCAAAAUGUCCAGCAAGUGGGCCAAAGCCAAGACCACCACGAAGCGGGCAGAGCAGGCCACAUCCAAUGUCUUCGCGAUGUUUGACCAGUUCCACAUCCAGGAGUUCAAGGAGGCUUUCAACAUGAUUGACCAGAACUGUGAAGGCUUCGUUCACAAGGGGGACCUGAAGGACAAGCUGGCCUGACCGGGGAAGAACCCCAAGAAUGAAUACCUGGAGAGUAUAAUAAGCAAGGCCCCAAGGCCCAUCAACUUCACCACUUUCCUCACCAUGUUUGGGAAGAAGCUGAACGGCAGGGACCCCAAGGAUGUGAUCCAAAACGCCUUUGCCUGCUUCAAUUAGGAAGCCUCAGGUUUCUUCCAUGAGGACCACCUCUGGGAGCUGCUCACCACCAUGGGUGACAGCUUCACAGACGAGGAAGUGGAUGAGAUGUACCGGGAGGCACCCAAUGAUAAGAAGGGCAAGUUCAACUAGGUGGCGUUCACCCACAUCCUCAAACAUGGCUCCAAGGACAAAGAUGACUAG